CUACCACAGAAUAAAAAUAUACCACACUUUCAUAUCCGAUGUCUUAAUUCUUCCUUCUUGUUCUCUGUUUGUUUCAUCAUAUCGAACAGAUUCAUCUGAUGUUGCAGAGCCCCCCUCGGAGAACGAUAUUUUGUUUAACUCAUUUUUUUCGGAUGACACCACCACUUUGUCAGACAUUUGAUCUCGUCCGGACGACCAGUUGGCCGGGAUUAUUAAAGAGCGGUUAAUGAGACGCACCAAUCGAUUACGAAUCAUAUUUCAUUUCUUCUCGACGUCAAUACAUCACCGAUGAUGUGGGAAAAGACCUGACAAUUGUCACUGGUGAAUCAUAUCAAUUGAAAACCACACAGACGUCUCAUUUUUUUUUAAUCUCGUGGAAGAAAAGUUGUACUGAUAAAUGAUGGAGAUGGCUACGGCAAGAAGAAAGUCAAGUUUGGCGUUUUCCAGUGUUUGUGGGAACGCCCAGCCCGCCGAUGAAGACUCCCAAUGGCUUUCAUGGGCCGAAAAACAAUUCUGUCAAAUAGCGGGAGAGGACAGACAAAUUGACGAGGAUGAGUUUAAAAUGGCACUUAACAUCAAAAAGUCGUUCUUCGCGGAGCGUUUCUUCCAUCUGUUCGACCAGGACGGGAGUGGGUACAUCUCUCUGGAUGAGCUGAUGGAGGGGCUCUAUCUCCUCACCAAGGGAGAUCCUGUCGAUAAACUUCGAUUUCUCUUCAGUGUCUAUGAUGUCGACGGUAAUGGUGCAAUAGAUCACGAGGAGCUGAAGGUGGUAUUAAGAGCGUGUUUAUGUGAGAGUUCAAUGACGAUCAGUGAGGCAACCAUUGACGCUUUGACCUCGGCGUUGUUUGAAGCAGCCGACACCGACGGCAGCGGCGCCAUCAGCUUCGAAGAACUCAAAGAAGAGCUGGAAAAGAACCCGGAUGUCAUGGAAAACUUGACCAUAAGUGCAGCUAGUUGGUUGAAACCACCGUCCCUGAAGCCGUCUCGAAGGGUUCUACCAAGGUACCUGACCUGGAGAUACGUUCACAACAACUACAGAAAAAUCCUCUUCCUAGUCGUGUUCAUUUUAAUCAACGUCGCUCUCUUCACCGAGGCCGCGUACCGCUACGCCAAAAAGAAAUCAAAUUGGUGCCUCAUAACAGCUCGUGGUUGUGGUCAGUGCCUGAACUUUAACUCUGCCUUCGUACUCGUCCUCAUGUUGCGCAAGACGAUCACCACAUUACGGACGACGAAAGCCGCUGAGAUCCUCCCUACAGACCAGAACAUCGUUUUCCACAAACUGGUGGGAAUCUUCAUCGCAUUGCUGUCUGGAAUACAUACUCUGGGACACAUUGGCAAUGCGUGGUUCGUAGAAAAGACAACCGAUGGUAACGUCACGAUGUCGGCUCUACUCUUUACGAACCCUCACUUAACGAGCCUCGGGCUCGCUCCCGUUUCCGGUAGUGCCUUCCUCACUGGCUGGGUGUUGGACAUCAUCCUCGCCAUCAUGGUCAUAUGCUCAAUGCCCUUCGUCAGACGAUCAGGACAUUUCCAAGUGUUUUACUUCACGCAUAUGUUGUACGUGGUGUUCUGGGGCCUGCUGCUCAUACACGGACCCAGGUUCUGGUACUGGUUCGUGGUGCCAGGAAUCAUCUUCAUCGUGGAGAAACUCAGUCAGACCAAAUGCGUCAAGCAAGCCCGUUACGGAAAGACAUAUGUACAGGAAGUUAACCUUCUCCCAUCGGGGGUAACGCAUCUUGCAUUGACGAGACCCAACCGAUUCCAUUACAAAGCGGGAGACUACAUCUUCAUCAAUAUUCCUCAGAUCGCUCAGUACGAGUGGCAUCCGUUCACCAUCAGCAGCGCACCAGAACAGCAAGGAACAAUAUCCAUGCACAUUCGGUCCGCGGGUAACUGGACAAACCGACUCUACGCAUUCUUCGAGGACCGGCAGAAGAGGAACCGCGAUGAGACCGAGCUCCUCCUGGGCAGCGCCUCGGACAUCCGCGUCGCCAUGGAAACGGAGGAGGUGGAGGAGACGAACCAUGCAGGCGAGUUCAUCCGUCUGAGAGAGAUGGAAUGUGAUGCAGCUGAAGCCGAUGUGGUGAAACCCACGCUCAACCACCGGGGAGCUAACGGGAACCUUCCUCAUGGUCUGCCGCGGGGCUACUCUGUGGAGAGGGAAGAAAGCGAAGACAAUCAACACCAGCACAGGACCAUUGCGUGUCAGACCACAUUUGAGAUGAAAGGGGCUAAGUCCUGGAGAAGUUCACUACGUGAGGAAAAGAUCCAGGUAUUCAUCGAUGGGCCAUACGGCACUGCUACGAGAGGCAUCUUCCAAGCAGAACACGCCAUACUUGUCGGGGCUGGCAUUGGCGUAACGCCGUUUGCAUCUAUCCUUCAGUCCAUCAUGCAUCGUUAUCGUGUAGGGAGACAGACGUGCCCGAUUUGUCAACAUACAUGGCUAGGAAACAUACCGACAGACAUGAUGAGACUCAAGAAAGUUGAUUUCAUCUGGAUCAAUCGAAACCAGAACGCAUUCGAGUGGUUCGUCAGCCUCCUUACGCAGCUUGAGAUGGAACAAGCCCAGGAACCAUUUGAUCGGUUCCUGGAACUCCACAUGUACAUGACGUCAGCAAUGGCUAAAAACGACAUGAAGGGCAUUGGUCUACAGAUGGCAUUGGAUAUCAUGCAUAAGAAAGGACAUCGAGACCUUAUCACUGGACUUAAGACCAGGACUCAGCCAGGAAGACCAGAUUGGAACAAGAUAUUCACUCAAAUCGCUCGAGAGAAGAAAGGCAAGGUCCAAGUUUUCUUCUGUGGUUCUCCAACGUUGGCAAAGAUUAUCAAGAAGAGCUGUGAGAAAUUUAACUUUAGUUUCCACAAAGAGAACUUCUAGACCUACAUCCGAACUAAUGGAACAAAGUAAAGGACCAGAGUGAUUGAUGAUGACAACGAUUCACUUUGUGAUGAACAUUAAUUGAAGGACAAAGUGAUCUGAUUUUUUUCAAAGGAGCAUUAAUGACUUGGACGAAUGUUUAUAUAUAGAACAGGUCUUCGUUAUAUCUGACUCUGCUCCUAACGAGUGCAUAAACGAGAUAGGCCAUAAAAGAUGUUAGUGGUGAUUUCAUUAUCAACAAUGGGCAUGUGAAAUGAUAAGAAGUGGUUAUUGAAUAAUUUAAGCUUAUGGGGGAAAUACGAAAUGAGGGGGGCGCGUGCGUUCAUACGGUAUGUGCGUGUGUAUGUGUGGGAGAGAGAGAGAGAGAGAGAGAGAGGGGAGGGAGAAAUGAGAGAUAAUUGAAUUUCAUGUGAAGGCUACAAAAUGCAUUUACUUGAAAGCAUAUUUAAAGAAGAAAAGAAGGAAACCGGUUGUUUUGAUCAUACAUUUUUAUGCAAAUCAUCUGUAAAAGACGCUCUAUUUUGAUUCAUGUUCUUGCAAGCAAGAAUCUAAAACCCUAUACAUAUUACGAUUACAUGCAGAGCAUGGUCACCAAUGAAAAUGGAUUGACAAAGACUUUGUACAUUACUUUCUUUAACAAUGACUGGUUUGCUUUGAUGAUCUUAUCUUCCUAAAUUGUACGUUGUGGUUAUCCUCGUGCUUCGUUUCUUGUUUUAUGAUUAUAACAAAUUGAAAAAAAGAAUGUUAUUUCAUAUCGUAGACAAUUUAUUCAUUUGUAAUAUUAGUCAACACGAAGAUGCUUUUCGUUAGAUAUACAUCUUCAUUACGUCUCCAAGAGAUCGGUACUUAAGUCUGUACUUAUGUGUUCUUGUAAUUUAGUAUGUUGAGAGCGGAUUAAGAGGAGACACACCCAAAGGGCAGAAUAGGGCCACGCCCCAUUCCACAAUCCAAUGUGGAAUACCUUAUAUUCACAAAGAAAGUGCCCCUAAUUUUAUUAUUGUGCCUCACUUUCAAGUUUUAAAUCCCAAGGCACCUAAAAUUUAAAAAAAUAAAAAAAUCUGCUACCGCAUUUUCCCAUUUUGUUCGUUAGAAUUUUUGCGAACCUUUGACCUUAUCGGUGGUUUUAAAGAAUUCUA